AAGCCACGCUGUGCAUCACGUUAGUGUGUCCGUUUCUGUGUAUAUGCGUGUGUAUGCGGUUUGACAACCAGCCACUGUCCAGAUAACGCGUCGAUCUUUAAAACGAAGGAAGAGCAGGCCAGUUCGGAGCCGCGCGGUGGCUACCGAGUGGAAAGAAACGGCAUAGAAAAAGAAAUAAGCGAGGAACACGCGUGGAGAUAAAAAAGGAACGCGGUCAGAAGCGAAGGAGUGAGAGAAGGAAAAAGAGAACCGAUGCUGGAGGGGGAAGCAAAAUCGGGCCAAAGUUUUAUUUCGUCGCUGUUGUCGACUAACGGGAAGAGAGCGAAGGGCCGAACGGCGCCAGCGUUUUAAGACGUCAUCGAAAUUUCUGGAAACGCGUGAUAUCCGUAUUCCGUGAAAUACGUGUUUUCUCUAGUGAAGGAUCAAGCGCGAUGACCGCGACACGUGUGCAGCCGAUCGAUAAUGAAUCGGGUCGUUGCUCUGACUGGUUCGCCAGGCAACCAGCCCUGCCGUCCUGCCGAUUCGCCUAUAAGCCGAUACAAUCCCCGGUCCUCAAUUACGGACCGUUCAAUCCGACGCAGGAAAGAUCCUUCUACGACCGAUCUUUAGUCACGAACACUACAAUGCCACCUUAUGAAGUUUCUAUUUCCUGCGCGGAACCUUCGGUUCUCGUCGAUACCCAAUGCACCCAAUUCCGGGAUUGCUUGCCCGGCAGUACCAAGAAUUGCCAACUGGGCCCUAUAGACGUCGAGGACCUGGCUCUGUACUUCGACGCCGACAAAUCUCAGUCGAAUUGCCUGCCGCGGGUCGACAGAUCAAAUAGGAGGGCCAGACCGAUGAGAUACGGCUCAUACCCGAACGACAAACAAUUGGUUGGGUUUCCGACGACCGGGACGGAUUUCCCUUGCGACGAAGGGUGGCUGAACGGACAGUUUUGCAACAGCUGCCCGCAACCGUUCGCUUUUUGCACCGAGGAACGAUGGCUCCAGUGCCCAGCGAGCGAUCGUUGCCCCUUGUACGAUACCACCUAUUCGUACGAGCAAAACGUUCUGCCACCGUGCGCGUACGAGAACCUCGGGAACGGGUAUUGCGAAUACGGGUACACCGAGGACGAGCAGCUUCUCGAGGAUUAUUUGAGUAACGAGAAGAGGAAGGAAAAAUCUCGUGACGCGGCACGAUGUCGACGAAGCAAAGAGACAGACAUUUUCACAGAGAUGGCAGCCGCCCUUCCGGUGGCACCGGAACAAGCAGCUCACCUUGAUAAGGCCAGCGUUAUGAGGCUAGCCAUCGCCUAUUUGAAAGUGCGUUCGGUAGUCGAUUCAAUCCCAGGCCCAUUGGCCAAGUCCGAGACGAAUCAGAUGGACGAGUUGUUUACCAAGGCAAUGAACGGGUUCAUGUUGGUGCUUUCAAACGACGGGAGUAUCAUUUACCUCUCGGAGAAUGUCAGCGAUUAUCUUGGCGUCUCUCAGAUGGACAUGCUGGGUCAAAGCGUGUACGAGUACAGCCACCCAUGCGAUCACGAGGAAUUGCGUGAAUACUUGUCCACCAAACCAUCCGAGAUCACCGAGAAGCGCGUUUGCAGUUUCUUCCUGAGAUUCAAGUGCACGCUGACCGGGAAAGGAAGAAAAGUCAACUUGAAAAGCGCUUCUUACAAGGUGAUCCAUUGCACCGGUAGAUUAGCGCACGUUCGCGAUCCCGUAUCGAAUUCGAACACCGACGAGGAGGAUUGCAGAAGUGAUGACGAAAUGAUUGAACGAGACACAGGAGUCUCUUUGGUGGUACUUGGUUGUCCUAUACCGCAUCCAAGUAACAUAGAGAUACCGUUGGGACGUCAAACAUUCCUCUCAAAGCACAGUCUCAGUAUGAAAUUCACCUACGCCGAUGAAAAGUUGGCCGAAUAUCUGGGCUGGAACAGCGAAGAGCUGAUGGGACAAUCGGUUUUCGAGUUCUAUCACGCCCUCGACAAUUUCGCCAUGGACAAGUCUUUUAAAUCACUAUUCAGCAAGGGCCAGUGCGAGACGGUAGCCUACAGAUUUCUUGGCAAACGAGGUGGAUACGCCUGGGUAGUCACACAAGCCACUUUGAUCCACUGUGUCAAACAGCAAAAACCGCAAUCCGUCGUAUGCGUCAAUUACAUCCUAAGCGGCGUGGAGCGCGAGGAUGAGGUAUACAGCGUGCGGCAGCUCGCAGCACGUGAGACCGAGGCGAAGGCAGUGAAACCGAAGAAGAGCGAGAAACGUCAGAUCCACGUUCAGAUUCAGGUCAAACUGAACACCGAGAAGUUCGUGGAGGACGAGUUCGAGGACGAGGAAUUGCAAGAGUGCUCGUUGCCCACGGUGAAACCGGAAUUAAUCCCGAAAACGCUCGAUCCCGUGCAAUCUGCGACGAGUACGGAUUACGGACCGGCGAGCAAACCGAAGAAGAAGCUUGUUCAGCUUCAGGACGGCUCGCGGAAGGAUAGUACCUUCCCGAGACCGGUCCAACCUUCAGAGAAAUCAUCUAUCGGUGUCCAAGCUCUUAAAGACUCGCUCGAAGAGUCGCUCAAGGAGAACAGCGAGCCUCUACCGAAGCGAGCCGCCUCUACCCCCAAACCAUUCGUGUUCCAGGGUAAACCGGCGGUGGAAUACGACCCGGAGACGGCGGUACGUCAGGACAGACCCCACGUGGUCACCAGACACCUGUUCGCAUCUAUCGCUUCUCAACCAGAGCCACAGAUCACCUGUAGACCACCGCCACAAACUGCGACUGCGAGCAUAUUCGCGCCUCGUACCGAGGACAUGAACAAAGGCUUUUUGACUUUCAGCGAGGAUCAACCAGGCCUUACGAUGCUGAAGGACGAGCCAGAGGAUUUGACACACCUGGCGCCUACACCGGGCGACGUAUGCGUUCCCCUCGAAGACACGCCUUUCCUCACGGACAUGCUCGACGAAUUCAUCCUCGGCAACGAUAAUUACUGUCCCCUCUUGAGCCCCUGCGGUACCCUCGCGCCCGAACUACGUUCUGCGGAUUUCGGCGAUCCGCUGAAGGAUACCGAAUUGGUGGAGUCCACGAGGAAUAAGAGCCUGGGUGAAUCCUUGGCCGAUAGCGAUCCGUUCAUGUACGGCGAUUCGCCGAGCAGUCCUUGUAGCAUCGAUCCAAGCACUGUUUCGCCGCCACUCACCAAAUACCGUCAAAGCCCGGAACAGAGCAUAGAUUCUUUGGGCAGCCCUACAUGCGGUAGCGGUGCCGAGGGAAUGUCGGAGGACGAGAUGUUAAUGUUAGGUUUGAACGACAGCAUAGCCGACGACGAAAUGGCACUAAGGGCACCUUACAUCCCGAUGUCAGAUCAAGACGAAGCGCUCGACUUGUUGAUCAGUAAUGACAUGGUGAUGUGGAGCCCGCCACAGACGACGGAUCAGAAGAAUUGUUUAAAAUGGAUGGUAACAGAGAAGGAACAGAGGACAUCGGACUCCAGUUUGGCGCAACUCUUGAAGACGGACCAAGUUGUUUCCAGAAAGUACAACGAUCACGGUGGGGGCUUAGUAAAUCCGGUUCAAGUUCUUGGUCAAAUACCUCGAAGAAACACAAAUUUAGAUAACUGCCAGUGGUCUUCCAAGGUGGACAGACCAACGAAACGCAUUCACACUGCCUCGAUCGACACGGGAAAUGACAAUAAGCGCAUCAAGUGCGAGGAGUCCGCGAAACACAGUAGCCUGGAAGAUCAGUUGCUGAGCAAGCAGCCUUCCUCCAGGAAGUCGUCGACCCUUGGUAGCAGCCAACUGCUACGUCGGUUGGUCUCCCAGCAGAACGUCCUCAGGAACAAUUUUGCGAACGAAUCGUUCGACGGUUCAACAGUGAACGGUCGGCAAAGCGAUGAUCGCAUGCAAUUGGAGUUGAACGACGGCGAGGGGGACAGUGGCGGUGGUGACGAGGAUGGAGGGUGUCGUCGAAACGGGGAGAGCGUCGACGGCAAGCCGAGUUCGCAACGGAACUCGGCGUGCAACAGCGUGCUAAUGAAUCUCCUCGUGUCCGGCUGCGACGAGAAGCUGACGGACUCGAGAAGCGUACCUUCGAUCUACCCCAAGAGUUUGGCUACGCCGUUGAUCGUGAACCUGGAGGAUCACCAAAUGGUGCCGCAAUGCUCGGAUUCGAGUGGAUCGAGCUCGCCUUUCGAUCAACUGAGCCCGAUCGCGAGGAAGGAACUAAGUAACGCGUUCAUCGGUCAAUCGAUCGUUUCGCCAGCCUCGCCAAUUGCCUCGUUCGAUGGUUUCGAUGACUACGAGCCGAGCAUGACCGCGAGCGGUUUGCUACAAGUCGAGCCGGACCUUUUCGGAAGUCUGUUGGAUCGGAGUCUCGCUUAAAUGAUCAUUUAUAACAUGCAAUACUAUUCAGAAGGUGGCAAAUGAAAGUUUUAAGACGAUUCUCAGGUAUUUUUCUUCACGACUUUACCUAUCGUCUAAGUAUAUUCGUUAGCCAGUUAAGAAUUCGCGCAUUAUAUUAUCGCAGUGUUUAAUUUUAAUUUGAAGUUAGAGUAACUAUAUUUUGAAACCAGAGACGUCUACGAGAUUUUCGAGCUAUACCCUUAUGUUGUUUUAAUCACAUCGACGCUAAUAAACUGAUCCAGAUCACGUAUACGAGUUAAGCAUCGUGUGCAAAGAUAUUUUGCACUGUCCAUGUAUUUUCUUUCCAUAGAUAAUUGUGCUAACACUAUAUGUUAAAUCGCGUUCUUUUCACGCGCAAGUGCCAAUGCAUUUUUUUAGACAGUCGUUGAUCCAGUAAUACGAGACAUCGGGAGGCGGAUAGGUUUUACGAUACCGUUUUUACCGAGAACACUUAUUCCGUGUAUGGGUACAAGAGUAACACAGCAUAAUUAUCUGAUUUUACGUCCACCGAUAUAGACCGUUAACGAGUUCGACGGAAAACGACUCGAAGCAUAUAGAAAUAUGCAUUUGUUAAAGCGAGGAAGCGGAACAAUAAAAUAGGAAGCGAACCAUUCGUUUUACGAUGUUGCGGCCGGUUGCUACGGCGCUUAAAUAUAGCGAGAUUGACGGGAUUUAUCGCGAUCUUCGUCGUUGUUACUGUUUCAUUUUUAUAGCUUUUAACGAGGCCCGAUCCGAUUAUUAUCUGUUGUUAUUACUAUCUAUUGUAUCAUCGUUCGUUUUAUUUUCCAUGUAACUCGUUUCGAGAAACAGACUCUUGGACAAAGCUAAACGUAAUUAAUUAUUAGCCACUGUAAUAACGUCAAUCUUUAUUACUCCAUCGGCUUCUGUAUUUUUAUUACCAUAAUCUAAUAGUUAUUACUAUUAAUCCUGUAUCUAAAUUACUGCGUUGGUAUACCUGGGAUAAAAAAAAAAAA